AUGUCUGAAAAUCGCAAACCGUCGGAUAAAGGAGAUGAGGAAUCGUUUUUGUACGAUACGGAGACAAUUUAUGGUGAGGCUGGCUACCUCAAUCUUGUCCGACGUGUUCUGGCGGAGGGCGUCUUGCGACAGGACAGAACUGGAACAGGCACAUGGUCGAUUUUCGGGCCUCAAAUGCGAUUUGACCUCCGAAAUGGAGAUUUUCCGCUGCUGACAACCAAGGGCAUAUUGGAGGAGCUGCUUUGGUUUAUACGAGGUUCGACUGACUCCAAGGAACUCUCUGCGAAGAAGGUGCGAUUCUGGGACGCCAAUGGGUCUCGGGCUUUCCUCGACGAACUGGGCUUCACUGAUCGCGAAGAAGGCGACCUUGGCCCGGUCUACGGCUUCCAAUGGCGCCACUGUGGCGCCGAAUACAUCGAUUGCAAAACGGACUACGUGGGACAGGGCGUUGAUCAGUUGGCCAAUUGCAUAAAGCUUAUUCGUGAGCGUCCCUGGGACCGUCGUAUCCUCCUUGUAGCGUGGAAUGCAAAAGAUCUUCAUAAAAUGGUGCUGCCACCGUGUCAUUGCCUAGUGCAGUUCUAUGUUGCAAACGGCGAAUUGUCUUGCAUGCUGUAUCAGAGAUCCGGCGAUAUUGGCUUGGGAGUGCCUUUUAAUAUCGCUAGCUACUCUCUUCUAACGCUGAUGAUCGCGCACAUCACAGGACUAAAGCCUGGGGAAUUCGUCCACACCAUUGGUGAUUGUCAUAUCUAUACCAACCACAAAGAGGCGCUCGAACUGCAGCUCAAAAGGAAACCAAGACCAUUCCCUAAACUUUUGAUUAAACGGGAGGUCAAGGAAAUUGACGACUUUGUUGCAGAGGACUUUGAGUUGAUUGGAUAUGAUCCCUAUCCAAAGAUCAGCAUGCAAAUGGCCGUCUAA